CCAGCUAUGUAGUCUCAGGUUAUGGAACUCUUAGUUUCACUUGGGAUGGUCAUAUAUAGAAUUUUGACAGAAAACGACACAUAGUUGGUAGAGCAGCUUAACUAUGGAAAAUGCGUAAAUCUUAAAUAUGACUGGCCUUUUUAAACCAUUUCAAAUGUUUAACUGCUUGUCAACUAAUAUACGUUGUGAAUGGCGCCGAUGAUAAAAUUGUCAGCGCAUCUAGAUAGUUGCUAUAUUUGGUGUGUAUAGCCUGUAUUAUAAAUGUGAUUAUUUACCAACAAUUACAGUGAUAAUCAUCAGUCUCAGAUUAAAAGAUUAUUGAAAUGUUUUUGUUUUAUUCUUCAACAAUCAUCGGAACGAUUGAGAAGGAAGGAUUAAGCCAGUUCUGUUUAUGUUCAUUUUAAUCUGAUAAGAACCAAAAACUGGCAUAGUUUCAUGCCCUGUAAGUAUAGGGUCAACUCCAUAUUCGUCAAGUUUACACAGGGUAAUGCCACGAUAGUUUUGUUUAAGUUAAUGUAAAUUCCUUUAAAGUACUGGAAUUUUAGCAGACGACAAUGUCUGGAAAAUUGGAGGAAGUAAAACCGAAUGGAGCUCCUUUGUCUUACAACGAAUACUUACAGCUUGGAAAGUUGUUGGAAUGUCAGACGGUACAGAGCGAGAAGGCGGGUAACCCGGUACACGAUGAGCACCUCUUUAUCAUCACGCACCAAGCGUACGAGUUGUGGUUCAAACAGAUACUGUUCGAGAUUGAUUCUGUCAGAGAGCUCUUCAUGACCCCUUCAAAGACGCUUGAUGAAAGUAAAACGCUGAAUAUCAUCAACAGACUGAACCGAGUAGUGCUCAUCCUCAAGCUGUUAACAGACCAGUUCCAGAUUCUGGAAACCAUGACACCUCUCGACUUCCUCGAAUUUAGGGGAUACCUAUCUACAGCCUCGGGUUUCCAGAGUUUACAGUUCCGGCUAUUAGAAAAUAAACUUGGCCUGAAAGAGGAGCACAGAAUAAAGUAUAACCAGCAGCAUUACAAAAAGGUGUUUAAUGACCCAGUAUCUAUAGCCCAGCUAGAUAACUCUACCGGAAGUCCGUCCCUGUUCCAGCUCGUGGAAUCAUGGUUAGAGAGGACACCUGGACUUGACAGGUCGGAGUUUCACUUUUGGGAAAGAUACCGGAAGUCGGUCAACAAAUGGAUUGAUGAUUGCUGGCUGAAAGCAGCUAUGGAUGAGACGGACUCUUCCAAGAAAGAGACGAAAAUGCUUGAAUACAAGAAGCAGAUCGACACAUUCGAAACGAUCUUCGAUCCUGCACAACAUCAAGUGCUUGUUGAACGAGGUGACCGUCGCUUUAGUCAUAAGGCCUCCCAGGGGGCGCUGAUGAUCUCUUUGUACCGUGAUGAACCCAGGUUUCAUCAGCCAUUUCACUUGCUCACCCUCCUCACAGAUAUAGACUCGCUCAUGAUUAAAUGGAGAGCAAAUCACGUGACAAUGGUACAAAGAAUGAUUGGUAGCAAGGUCGGAACUGGAGGUUCGUCUGGAUACCAGUACCUCCGCUCUACUAUCAGCGAUCGCUACAAGGUAUUUUUGGACCUUUUCAACCUGUCCGCGUUCCUUAUACCACGUGUCUACAUUCCGCCACUGACUAAUUCUAUGAAAAGGACGCUGAGUAUAUUAUCACACGAGCAGAUUGCUGAACUGGACGCCGGAUAUGAGCACAGCCAGUCGUCUGAUGACUCGGAUGAUGCAGACGAUAGAAAUAGCGCAAAUGGUGCCAUAAAAGGACAGGAAAUUGAUGCGAAUAAGGAUUCGCAAGAUGUCCAUUUUUUCUGAACAUUUAUGCUGAAAAGACAUAUUGUUACCUUCUAGCCUUUCGGCUGACUUGGUAUAUGGUGUAAAUUGUUAAAAUCAUGUAUACACUACAAAAUGUUUAGUCAUCAACAUUAACCAAAUGCAUUUAUGUUGUAAAAAGUUAUGACAAGGGUACUAACAAAGAUCAUAUGUAUAUAGCUCUAUUUGCAUACAUUAUUUGAUGUUUAUAACUAUAUUUUAUUUAAGAAACAAUAU